GCGUUUCGAAUUCGAAAUAAAACCCCCCUCCUCCUCUCUCAACGGUCGCCUCCCAAAUCUCUCGCGCUCGCUCUCUCUUUUUCUCCAACGAAUUGGGGAUUCAGAUCGAUCCAUUCCUCCUGUCUCGCUUUUGAUUUUGAUUUUGGGCUUUUGCUUUGCUUCAAAAUUCGGAGACUCCCGUCUCGGAGGGGGUGUCACCGGGAGAGAGAUCUUCGACGACGUUGUUUCUCUGUUUCCCCGUCUCUCUGUCGCUGCGAAUCUCGUUCGGGGUUUGCUUUGGAGGCUGAUCGAUCGAUGGAGGAAGGGAGCAGCAAUGCCCGGGAUGGCGGCGGUCGGUCUGGCGCUUCGGCGGCGGCGGUGGUCAGGAAGACGGUGAGGGUGUCCGAGACCUGCGACUUCAUCCCCUACGAUUACGACGACGGCGACGGCAUCGGCGGUGGUGGAGGGGGUUCCGGAUCCUCGGUGCCGCCGACGGCGACCGCGCUCGACGUCGCCAGCUGCCAAGGCUCGUCGGAGGCCGUCCUCCCGUGCGGCGACGGAGGGAUGCAGGACACGCCCGAUUACAUCCGGAGGGGCGCCGCCCACCACAGGAUCGCGCCGCUCGAGCUCUUCUCCGCCCCGUCGCCCGCAGAGCCGUCUCACGCACAAUUCGCCGCCGCCGCCGAAUUAAAGGCUUCUGGCGGCGGCUGUGGCGGUGCUGCGCCCGUGGUAAUCGGUUCAGGAGAAGCGCGGGAGGCCUUGGGCUGUCAGAGCGUGCGCAUCGAGCAGGGAAAUCACGACUGCUGUGGCCAGCUGAAUCAAGCAUUCGAGACACUUUUGAGGGAGAAAGACGAAUGCAGGAGGCUGCUGGAGGAUUUGAUGAGGGAGAACGAGCUCAAGAGCCGGGAGUGCCACGAGGCUCAGGCGUCCCUGCAUGAACUGCAGAUGGAGCUGAUGCGCAAGUCGAUGCACGUAGGCUCUUUGGCAUUUGCAGUGGAAGGGCAAGUGAAAGAGAAGAGCCGUUGGUGCCAACUACUGAAAGACCUGAGUGAGAAAUUUAAGGCGUUAAAGUCAGAGCACCAGAAAUUGUUACAAGAAUCAGAGGAAUACAAAAAGUGUUUGGCAGAUACUACACAGAUGGCCACAACAAUUCUUCAGUAUGUGAAUAAAUAUGCAAGUUUAGAAUGUGAAUUUAAGGACCUCAAAGAAAAGUUCAGUGAGGAGGCAAAGGAACGCAAAGAUCUUUACAACAAGCUUAUAGAGCUCAAAGGUAACAUAAGAGUAUUUUGUCGCUGCCGGCCACUGAACACGGAAGAAAUAGCAGAAGGAGCUUUGAUGGUGGUUGACUUUGAAUCUGCAAAAGAUGGAGAGCUUAUUGUUAGAGGUCAUGUAUCGUCGAAGAAAGUUUUCAAAUUUGAUUCAGUCUUCAACCCUGAAGAAGACCAAGAAAAGGUGUUUGAGAAAACUGCCCCAUUUGCAACUUCAGUGUUAGAUGGAUACAAUGUUUGCAUCUUUGCUUAUGGGCAGACUGGCACUGGUAAAACAUUUACAAUGGAAGGAACUGAUGGCGCCCGAGGGGUUAACUAUAGAAUUCUAGAGGAGCUCUUCCGAGUAAUCAAAGAAAGACAUGACCUUUUCCAAUACGAAAUUACUGUCAGUGCUUUGGAGGUAUACAAUGAACAAAUUCAUGAUUUGCUCCAGACAGGGUCUCAACCAGGUGCAACAACAAAAAGGCUAGAAGUAAGACAAGUUGCAGAAGGAGUUCAUCAUGUACCGGGACUGGUUGAAGCACGUGUCACUAACAUGGAUGAGGCCUGGGAUGUCCUGCAAACCGGAAGCAAAGCCAGAGUUGUUGGUUCUACAAAUGCUAACGAGCACAGCAGCCGAUCACACUGUAUACAUUGUGUUAUGAUUAAAGGAGAGAAUUUGAUGAACGGAGAUUGCACAAAGAGUAAAUUAUGGCUAAUUGACCUAGCCGGAAGUGAGCGUGUGGCAAAGACAGACGCUCAAGGAGAACGGCUGAAAGAAGCACAGAAUAUUAACAAGUCCCUUUCUGCACUUGGAGAUGUCAUAUCUGCUCUUGCAACCAAGAGCCAGCAUAUACCCUUCAGGAAUUCAAAGCUAACACACUUGCUGCAAGACUCCCUAAGUGGAGACUCCAAAACUUUGAUGUUUGUGCAAAUAAGCCCAAAUGAGAAUGACGUUGGCGAAACUCUUUGCUCACUGAACUUUGCGAGCAGAGUGAGGGGUAUAGAGCUUGGACAAGCUAGGAAACAAGUUGAUGUCGGAGAACUGUCAAGAUAUAAGCUUAUGGUUGCAAGAGCCAAACAGGAUUGCAAGAGCAAAGAUGCUCAGAUUAAGAGCAUGGAAGAAACAAUCCAAUCUCUUGAAGCGAAGAACAAGUCCAAAGACCUGCUCACCAUGAAUCUCCAAGAGAAGAUCAAAGAGUUGGAAUCACAGCUACUGGUUGAAAGAAAGAUAGCGAGGCAGCAUGUUGACAACAAGAUGGCCCAAGACGUUGAGAGAAAGCAGCAGCAAAGCCUGAAGGAAGAUAACUCCUCCUACCUGAGAAGCCCCAUGGCAGAGAGGAACCUCAAUUCCAUUGCAGAGAAGCCAUCGGCAGCUAAAGAUCUCGGGUCUGCGAAGCGGAUGUUUUCGGACAGCAACACCGACACCUACAGCUUCAACCAGCUGAUGUCUCUAGCGGAGGAGAAGGAGAACAACCCAGAAGUCGCUCAGCUGCCCCUGGCUGCAAAAGCCAGGAGGGUGUCACUGUGCAAUGGAGCUUACCAGCACCCGGCGAGCCCAGCCUCCCGCCACAACUCACUGAUACCGCUUCCUCGUCGCAACUCGUUGAUGCCUCUGCCCUUAGCUGCCAAGCCUGUUGCAGCAGCAGCGGCUGCUUCACCCCUUGACAAGAUCCAGGAGCACUCUUUGCCACCACUGUGCUCCCCUCCGAUGAUCCUCAACAACGACAAGAGCAGCGGCAGCAGGAGCAAGAGGAUCAACAGCAUCCUGCGGCGAAGCCUGCAGAAGAAAGUGGUCAUCAGGCCAGCGAUGGCGGCGCAGACGGGAAGGAGGGCUGCCGGCACUGCCGCUGCCCAGGGUGGUGCCGAUGGCGCCCGCCGGGCAGCGGUGCGGCGCGUGCCGCCACUGUGCGCCGGCCCUGCCGCCGGUGGUGCGCAGAGGGUGGUGGUGCAUCACAACAGGGAUAAGGAGAGGGGGUGGAACACAGGGACAAGCUUCAGGAACCACUUCUGAUGCAGAGGCGUCAGUCAGCUCUACUGAUGAGAGAGAUAAGGUGUCUAUAGUUGGAGUUUGAGUUCUCAAAUAUUGUGAGAACGAGAACUAGAACGAAUCUGGAUUUUUCUUUGUUUUAUAGGUUUGGUUUGAUCGAUCUGUCAUCUGCCUACGCAAUUGCUUGUGAUCAUGUUUGCAAGUGCCUUCAGUUUGAGUGCGAGACAUACAUUUUCUACAUUUAAGUUGAUACUUUGUAUAUGAAUGGCUUCUGUUCAAUUUCUCGGGGAUGAAACAAUUUGAUUUCUUGGGGAUUUAUAUGAAUGGCUUCACAUGAAA